AGUGGGAAUUUAUGUCUCUGAGGACUCCAAAUUGUAGUAGCUGGCUUGUUUUCCUUUUGGGGUGGGUGUGUUCUGUUUGGGGCUUUAAAUUUUUUUCCUCUAGUCCAAAAAUGGAUUGAAAGGACUGGAAGGGUUGACUCCAAUCCCUAAUGGGGGGAAAAUGUUUCGUUGUAGGACACAAGAGGCUUAAGUAUGGCAAAGCCUUUCAUAUCAUGAUUUAUUUGUCAUAAGCAAAUAAAAUGCGGUUAAGCUGUCUCCUUCUAGACAGACGGCUCUUUGCUUAUUAAAGUUCCGAGAGAGGAUUCCGAGAGGCCGGCCUCUUUCCUCCCGCAUAAGAAGCAAAUCUCCGCAGACCGGCUGUUGGGGGAAAAAAGUGUUAGCCGUCUCUCCCAGAUCUGCGAGGGGGAAAAAAUUUGGAACCAUAAAGUUGAAAACUUUUUUCCUCUCAGUUUGGAAGAAGCCCUUCAUCAUGAAUGGGAUGCAAGGAGUUCGGGCAAGAGGAGGCGAGAGGCGCAAAGGAGGGGAGAUUUCUCGCCUGCCGCUCGCGCUGGGGCUCGAUGUGAAUAUAUAUUAUGUCUGCCUGUUCUCCCCUCGUCGGUGGCUAAGGUCAGCCGCUCCGAAAAGACCCCGGGAGGAGGGGGGCAGAACUGGGAGGGGGGUCCGGAGCCUCACGUGACCCCCAGGGGUGCCAAUGUCCGGUUGUGAGGGUAUCAGGCCCUUGCAAGUUGCCAUCCACUGCCCGGGCUUCGCCCAGCGAUGCAGAAAGCCACCUACUACGACAACGCCGCUGCUGCACUCUUCGGAGGCUACUCCUCGUACCCUGGCAGCAAUGGCUUCGGCUACGACAGUGCCCCCCAACCCGCCUUCCAGGCCACCACGCACCUGGAGGGCGACUACCAGCGCUCAGCGUGCUCGCUGCAGUCCCUGGGCAACGCCGUCCCACACGCCAAGAGCAAGGAGCUCAAUGGCAGCUGCAUGAGGCCUGGCCUGGCCCCCGAGCCCCUGUCUGCCCCGCCCGGCUCACCCCCGCCCAGCGCCGCACCUACCAGUACAACUAGCAACAGCAGCAAUGGGGGCGGGCCGGGCAAAAGCGGCCCCCCCAAGUGUGGUCCCGGCUCCAACUCCACCCUCACCAAACAGAUAUUCCCCUGGAUGAAAGAGUCGAGGCAAACGUCCAAGCUGAAAAACAGCUCCCCCGGCGCAGGUACCAGCUCUCUGCCUUCCUCAUCGUCUGCUUUUGUCCGGGCCAGGAAUGUCACUGUUAUUCUAGCACCCAGGACAGUUUCCAUUCAGAGAACUGCAAACGGCGGGGGAGGGGACAAGAGCCCCCCGGGGUCGACGGCGUCCAAGCGGGCGCGGACGGCGUACACAAGCGCACAGCUGGUGGAGCUGGAGAAGGAGUUCCACUUCAACCGCUACCUGUGCCGGCCGCGCCGCGUGGAGAUGGCCAACUUGCUGAACCUCAGCGAGCGGCAGAUCAAGAUCUGGUUCCAGAACCGGCGCAUGAAGUACAAGAAGGAUCAGAAGGCCAAGGGCUUGGCCUCGUCGUCAGGGGGCCCCUCCCCCGCCGGCAGCCCCCCGCAGCCCAUGCAGUCCACUGCCGGCUUCAUGAACGCCUUACAUUCUAUGACCCCCAGCUACGAGAGCCCGUCCCCGCCCGCCUUCGGCAAAGCCCACCAGAACGCCUACGCGCUGUCCUCCAACUACCAGACCCCUCUCAAAGGCUGCGGCGCCCCGCAGAAGUACCCCCCGACCCCGGCGCCCGAUUACGAGCCCCACGUCCUCCAAACCAACGGGGGCGCCUACGGAACGCCCACCAUGCAGGGCAGCCCGGUGUAUGUGGGCGGGGGUGGCUACGCGGAUCCGCUGCCGCCCCCUGCCGGCCCCUCCCUCUACGGCCUCAACCACCUUUCCCAUCACCCCUCGGGGAACCUGGACUACAACGGGGCGCCCCCUAUGGCUCCCAGCCAGCACCACGGACCCUGCGACCCCCACCCAACCUACACAGACCUCUCUCAUCAUGCGCCUCCUCCUCAGGGUAGAAUCCAAGAAGCGCCCAAAUUAACACACCUGUGAUGGGAAAGGGAGGGCGGAGGAGUGAGGUCAUGGGGGAGGAAAGAGCCAGGAGAGGCAGCCUGGAGGUCUGAAAAAGGAGCCAGGGAGGGAGGUGGUAGUGAACCUUCCUGCGAAGAACGGGCCUGGCGCUCCUUCCCCUCCCCCUGGCCUGAGAGGUUGCUUUUUUAAGUCCUCCGGCCCUGUUUCCAUCUGCCUGCCAACCCGUUGGAAAGGAAUCCACAGCCGACUGGAGAUGACCCCAUCAACCCGAGGCCUUCAGCAAUAUCCAGUUGGAACUCCGCUCUCGGGUGUGGGGUAGAGGAAGAGGAGAUAGGGAAACAAGGCAGAGAAGAAGCACAUUUUAAAAAACAGGAUGGCUAGGCCAUCACCAACCAACUUACCUUCCAUCUCUGUGGGUAACUUCCCCAAAUCUUGAUUUUUUUUUUCCUUGCAAUUCUCCUUUUAAGAAAUUAUAAAACAUAUCAAAACCAAGGGCACAGAGCAUGCUCCCUUCCCCCUUCUCUGAAGCCUCAAAUUGCCUCCCAUCUACUUGAGGUUAAUUGGGCACUCCCUUUCUAGCCCCAUAUUUUUCUGUUCUAGGCCAUUAAUAUCUAUACCCCACCCCCAUCAAUUACAGUUUUCAGAGGGCUCAGGGAUGGUGAGAGAUCCUGAAAGUGAGAGCUGUCUAUAUUAUAAAUGUAUAUUUUUUUCAUUUAUGGAAAAGCUGGGCGGUGAGGACAAGCAAGUUGUCAGAAUUGAAGGUUUGCCCAUUCUGCUGCCUCCCAUCUCAGCUCCAAAUACAUCUCCCUCUCUCCACAGAAAGCAAUCGGUGACGCGUGGUUCUACACUUUUCUUUUCUUCUGUUGCUCUCUUGACUUAACGUGAAAACAGGGUAUAUUUUAACAAACUGUUUGUCCCAGGCAGGGGCUGCAGCCGGGCCUGUGCGCCUUGCUCAACCCCCUGACAGGACACUUUUGUUGCACUUAGAGUUUACAUUUUAAUGGAUAUAAAAACAACUGUGAGAGAUGCCUGGGCCUGCAAGAGUCCAGUAUCGCUCAAAAAGUGUGUGUUCUAGUGAACAUUUUCAUAUAUAUUUAUUGGUUAUAGCCUGUUAAAAUAUUUUCUUUUUUUGUAUUAUUUAUCCCCUUACAUUAUGUAUUUAUAUGAGAAAAAAAAGGAAAAAAACUGUACUUUUUUAGUAUUUACUUGUUAUAAAGGAUGUGUUUCCUGUCAUGUAAAACCAGCUAUUUUAGUUAUUGUACUCUAGAAAAGAGCUGUAGAUUUAUGUUAAACUCGUACUUAUGAGCAAUUGUAAUUAGUUCUUAAAGGCAUGAACUCAGCUCCUAAUUGUCACUGUAUAGUCCUGAAUUUGUAGAAUUAGAGUUAAUUGGAACUUUCUUUGUUCUUCAGUAGUUACUUUUUUCCUUACUUAAAAGGGUUGUCUGUCAAACAAUUCUUGAAUAAACUUUCUGUUAUCAAUUUUA